AUGUCCACAGUGCCCACUCUUUUGUCCAUCCUAGUGCUGCUGCUUGAUAGUACAGUAUCACCAUACCGUGAUCGGAUCAUUGGAGGCUGUGAAUGCCCUGAGGAUGAACAUCCCUGGCUCGUGCUGCUGUACAAUUUAACAUUGCCCUAUUGCGCUGGAGUAUUGAUCGACUUAAACUGGGUGGUCACUGCAGCUCACUGCUGUCCAAAGAGCAGUGAGAUCGUUGUGAUCCGGCUCGGAGAGCACAACUUGUCAGAGUCAUCUGGGAACGAGCAAAUGAGGACCAGCGCAGAAACUAUUGUAUUCGACCCAGACGUCGACUGUGCAAAUGAAUGCGAAAAUGACAUCAUGCUGAUAAAACUGAACACGGCUGCCGAUCGUACGGCUUACGUAGCCCCUCUCAGCUUGGCCACGAGCCCUCCCUCGUUGGGAACAAGCUGCACUGUGAUGGGCUGGGGUGCAGUCACAAGUCCUGAAGAAACAUUUCCCGACGUGCCUCACUGCGUUAACAUUACGAUCCUCGAAAGCCAAUCGUGUAAGGAUGAAUUUCCAUGCGUCGUGCCUGAGAAUAUCCUUUGUGCCGGGGUUCUGGAAGGAGGCAAAGACUCAUGCCGGGGAGACUCUGGCGGGCCACUUAUCUGUGAAGAUACGCUUCAGGGCAUCGUGUCUUUGGGUGGGAACCCUUGCGGCCAGCCAAACCUGCCAGGCGUCUACACCAAAAUCAGCCAAUAUGCCAGCUGGAUCCAGGAAAACAUUGGUGGAAGUGACAACGGAGCCAAGUCCUAA